AUGGCAGAAAUAUUAGUAGAACGUGUAAACAACACCAACAAUGGCGAUGGCGAUGCUAUUCCCGAGGAUGAUUCCUUUGAAUUUCCAGAGGACAAUGACAUUUCUGAUAUGCUUGAUCAAGUUCCGUUGAACGUACAACUUGCCAGUGUGACAGAGCGUUAUUUCACUCCAUAUUACAAAGUAGAUGUUCAGAAAUGUCUUGAUGAUAUUUGCAUUAGGAUUCACAGUAAUCGCAUCUGCAUGCUAACUCUAGCACCGAGUCAUCCAGUGCUUCAGAAAGAUAGAAAAAUAGAGAGUAUAAGCUUCAAAGUGACAGAUAAAUUGGACAGAGCUGCCAACAAAGUCUCAGGAAAGGGGAAACAUGGAGCCCAGCCUUUGCAAGAGAGUUCAAACAUAUGUAUAAUAUCUUGUGAUAAUGGUGAAAAAUGGAAUAUCAAAUGCUGUAUAAUGGGUAAAUUAAUUGAAGUUAAUGAAACACUUGUGGAAAAUCCACAAUUGAUUAAACAGCCACCUCACAAAGGUGGUUACCUUGCAAUUGUUUUGCCUAAUAUCAAGAUUUACGAAGAGAUGAAAAAAAGUUUAUUAUCCGAGGAGGACUAUCAGAAAUUUAUCAUUCAGCGAAAAAAAUCAACGGUCAAUUCUGAAGAUGAGACAAUAAAUCAUAAUUAUUCUCUAAAGAGAAUACUAGAAGAUGACUCAAGUGAUUGUUCUAGAGAGAAAAUUGUAAAAUUAUAA